AUGAGCGUAAAGGACUCAAGUACAGGUUCAUCACUUUAUAAAUUACUUGCACUCGGUUUUUUAUCUGCUCCUGGCGCUACAAUGUUGUAUCUGAAACAAAAUCCAGAGUGGAAUCCAACGAUCUUGAAGGAAAAUGAACAAUGGAUUCGAUUUCGUGAGCUUGUAUUGGGUCAAGAGACAAUUGGGAGGAAGGAUGGGAUGAGGAUGAGGAUGAGGAUGGAGGAGAAGAAACGAUUGCCAGAGGAAUUGAGUGCGUUUAUUGUUAAGGGACAUGAGGAUAUGGAGAAGGAGGAGGAGAAGGAGAAGGAGGAGAAGAUAGAGAAGGAAGAAGAUAAGACGGACAAGAAGGAGAAGAAAGAAAAGAAGAAGGACAAGAAAAAGAAGAAGGAGGAAAAGGAGGAAACGAUGGAAAAGAAGGAGAAGAAGGAGAAGGAAGAGGCUAAGACGGAGAAGAAGUUGGAAAAGGCGGAGAAGAAGGCGGAGAAGGUGGCAAAGAAAGCUGAAAAGGCGGAAAAGAAGGCUGCUAAGCUGAAGGAAGAAGUGGAGGCGAAAAAAUCGGUGGGUGCGAAGGUGAAGGAUACGGUACAUAAUGUUGAAGAGAAGGUGAAGGAUACGGUACAUCAUGUUGAGGAGAAGGUGAAGAAGGAGGUUAAGACAGGUGCAGCUGCUAUGGCCGCUGCCACGACUGCUGUUGAGAGAGAGGUGGACGCGGCCACGGAUAAGGCUCGUGAGAAGAUUGCUGCGUUGGCUAGUGAGGCCAGCCCGGACCAUCUCAUUCAUCAAAUGGAUAAGCAGAUUCAGGCCACAACCAACGAUCUGCUCAGCUCGCUGAAGGCCGAGUCGGAUGCCGCAGCGGCGGAAAUGGACAAGCAGUAUUUGUCAGGAGUCAAUGAGCUCGACGCUAAUGCGCUUGCGAUCCGCGUCGCACAAUUGGCGACAGAGAUGAAGCACCGUUCGAAAUGGGAGGCUGUGCGUAUGUUGGAAUCAUUUCGCCACAUGGAGGAGGAUGCCCGGAAGAAGAGCGCUGAAGCGCUGCGUCGCCAAGACGAGUUGCAUAAGGAACUGCUCGCCCGCGAGCUACGUUUGCAGCAGGAGCUGUUAUCUCGCCAAUUGCGCGAGGAGAUGGCUGCUCUCAAAAAGCAAUAUGCUGACGACUUAGCUCGCAAUGUGAACCAGCAGCGUGCAAGGUUACUGUCAGAGCUGCAACGUACUUUUGCCCGCGAGAGCAAGGCGAUUGAGGAGCGUUACACUCAGCAGCUUGAGGACGCAAAGUCGGAAAUGCAUAAGACAUUAGUAGGUGAGCGUGAGAAACGGGUGCAACAGCUUGAGAGUUACCGCGCCGAGCUGCGCGCCAUUGGCACGGUUUUGGACAAUUCGUCGACUUACGAGGCGUUUAGCCACCGUGUACACAAGGCAUCCAUGGCAGCACUGGCACUCUCGGACCGCAUAGAGGCUGCGGCCCCGCUGCGUAGCGAGAUCCGUGCAUUGCGUGAGGCAGCGAGAAACGACUCGUUCAUCGAAGCAGCCGUCAAGUCGCUGCCACAGGACGUAAUCGAGCAGGGUGCGCCUUCUGUGAGCCAGCUUCAGGAUCGCUUUAAGGUGGUCAAGACUGUCGGCCACCGUGCUGCUUUGGUGCCGGAGAAGAGUGGAAUCAUUGGUCAGGCGUUUGGCACCGCGUUGUCGCUGCUAAUGAUCCCACCUGGAGGUCCGAUUGAGGGCACGGACACUGAUGCAAUAUUGUCUCGCGCGGAAUUUGCUGUGAAGGCGGGUGAUAUUGAAAAGGCCGUCAUGGAGAUGAAGGGUCUGUCAGGCCUCCCUGCUCAGGUUUCGCAGGAUUGGAUCUCUGCUGCCGAGUCUCGGUUGGCAGUGGAACAGACGGCCAAGGUGAUCAAGGCGCACGUGGCAUUGCUUGCAGCAAGCUGUGCCUAA